AGAGAGAGAGAGAGAGAUAUAGAGAGAGAUAUAGAGAGAGAUAUAGAGAUAUAGAACAAUACAUUUUAGUUAGUUUUAGUACUGUCUAUAAAAGAUAGCACGCACGCACACACACGUAGGCACACAGAUUUGACAGGACAGUAAUCUAAAACGAUGUGAGUCAUCGAACUCGAAUACUUCUUUUUGGUGACCGAUAUAUAUGCGAAUUAGGGCGAUAUGAACUGCACACACUGAAUGUAAACAUCGGCACAGUUCUAUAAUCACGUUAGAUAUGGCGACAAUAUUAACUCAAGCCACGAAGAUACUUUAUAGAAAACUGCUUCUAAAUCUAGAGCAGGUUGCUGGUGAAUCAGGUGUAACAGGACUUGGAAUAAGAUUUGUCCACAGUACUGGCUGGAGAUGCAGUCCCACUGCCGUCCAGAAUGGCAGACGUCUUAAUGUGGGUGUCAUGGGGGCUGGUCGCAUAGCAACGACGGUGCAUCUCGGGAAUAUAAUCAAUCACCGCAGACUUAAUUUGAAAUGGAUCACAGAGGACAACCCAGAACGAGUCCAGAUCGUGAAGGAUCUCUUUGAUCUUGACGACAAGCUAUUCUUGACGUCACGUGUUCUUCCAGACCUUCUGUCCAGCAAAGAUUUGGAUGCCGUGUUUGUGUUUACACCGACCGAUUCACAUUAUAGCAUCGUGUGUGAAAGCUUAAGCAAAGGCAAAUCAGUGUUUGUUGAAAAACCUACCGGAGAGAAUAUGAAGGAAAUACGAAGUUGCUACGAACAUUCGGAAAAGUUCGGAAAACCUCUCCUUACGGCAUUCCAAAGACGGUUUGACCCUGCUUUCCAAAAGGUUGUAUCAGCAGCUCAUAGCAAGUCGAUUGGAGAUAUUCAGAUGCUGAACUUUAGAUCCAGAGACUCUCCUAAACCAUCAUACGAUUUUCUGGGUGCUGUAGGUACAUCCAGCACGGGAUGCGGCAUUCUAACAGACCUGGCGGUACACGACAUUGACUUGAUGGUGUGGAUCACAAGGGCACAGAGACCAGAGAGUGUGUACGUGGUAACCCACACUCACGACACCAAGAUGGCCGAGUUUGGAGAGGCCGACACGAUGGUGGCUGUCGUCAAGUAUAAAUGCGGCAUCCUGGCAACUCUUGACGCCAGCCGGUAUGCCGCAUACGGGUACGACAUGAGACUAGAGGUAUUUGGCUCAGACGGACUGGCGACAGUGGAAAAUCCAAAGGUUUCGUCAGAAGUGAUAGACAUGGGACGCGGGGCUAGAAUGACGAGGCUGAAUGAAUCAUUUACUCAAAGAUUCCGAGAGUCGUACAUUAAUGAGAUAGACCAUUUCAUCGACUGCGUUGACGGCAAAGCAAAACCACUGAUUACCAAAGAAGAAAGCGUAAUGACAGCUGAGAUCAUAGAAAAAGGAUUGGAAUCGUUUCGUUUAAAGAGACCAGUGUAUUUUUAACCGUGUGUUGGGAAUUGCUAACUCCCGGACGUCACAAGACGAAUCUAGGUAACCCAUUACUCUAGAAACUCGUUAGAAAAACUAAUUAUAUACAAGGUCGCCGAUGGAAUUUGAUUUACUUCAGUGACCGUUGAAUGUUAAGUUUGAUAUAUAGAAUACUAAACGAGCUUGCCUGUCAUACCAUUUUUAUGAAAUGAGUGAACAGUUUUGGUAUCUGACGAGCGAAAGCGAGUCAGAUACCAACACUGUUCACGAGUUUCAUAAAAAUGGUAU